AUUGAUUUCAGUAUUUUUGUAUUAGUGCACACAACUUUCCUCCCCCAAAUCUAUUACCAUAUUCAAAUAAGACGUCUAAUUUUAAGAUAAUUUUCUUCUAUUACUGUCGUAAACGUCUAAUAACAGAUAGCACAUGCCAGAUAUUUCUCUUCAGCGUAUUUUCUUCCAUUAAUCUUCUGCCAUUAUCGCCUACCCGACCUCCCACUCAGCGUGUCUCCUUCAUAAAUCCUCACGCACAUGCAUUCCCGUACAUGUCACGCGGCCAAUAAAAUGUUAUCUUUUUUGCCACCAAUUAAAAUGAAUUGUGGUUUAAUUCGCAGUAUUUUUUGCCCAAUCAAAUUCGAUUGUGAUUUUGGGUCUCUCAUAUUUUAAAAUUAAAAUUCAUUUCCGACCAUGGAAGUCAGCGAUGGGUGUCACUUCAAUUACAGUAUAUGGAGUUGAUUGGGCGUUUUGGGGAAAAAAAAAAGCUAUAGCAUUUUUAGAUCUCAUGGUGUUCUCCCGACCUCAGUAAAGUGUCCUAAGUGUAAGAACGAGUGUAAAUUUCGUCAAGACCAACAUAGUUGGCAUCAACUUCAGCCACGUGUACUGAUCUCAGAAUCCGAAUAUGAACCUGAACCAAGCCAUUAAGCUAAGAAAUAAGUGAUUCCAUCAUAUGGUGAAAGUUAGGUUAGGUUAGGCUAGAUCAGGUUAGGCUAGGUCAGGUUAGGCUAGGUCAGGUUAGGCAAGGUCAGGUUAGGCAAGGUUAGGUCAGGUUAUCCAAAAACAGGUUCGGUUUAUGUUUUUCUGGUGGUUUUUUUUGUAUUCGCUUGGCCAGGAUUUUUGUCGGUAAACGCCCAACCCAAAACACCCAAUAACUAAAAAAACAAGGGAUUUCCAACAGAAAUCAAGGUCAGACCCAAUCAAAACACACAAAAAUAACUAGAAAAACAUAGUUUUGACUUUCUAACAGAGUUGUGUGCACUAAUACAAAUUUACCUUGAUUUCCGCCAGAAAUGAAGGUGGUACAGCGGUAACGCGCAGAACUCUCGCCAGACACAAGUGAGAAGGGUAUUAUCCAGUGUGACCCUACCAAACAUCACAGGUUUCCCGGUCUUCGGUUUCCUCCUGUACUAACAGUCUAACACUGGAUAGACCGCCCAAACGGCUCAUAAGUGGCGAUUUACUAUAGUGGCAACAAGUGAAAAUGUACCGAGGAAUGUUUAUAAUGUAUGCAUGAUGUAACGGCUAUAAAUUUUUAUCCAAUGAAGUAAAAUAAAAUUGCUAUUGAUAAAAGUAAACUUGAGGAUCAACUAAACGAUCACACACACCUCACCAAUUAACUGCUGACAGACUAAAGACGUUCACAGACAAGAUGGUCACUAACUGAACCCCUCAAAUAGUGUCUACUGUAAACAUAGGCUACGGAUACAAUUUUUUUAUGUAUCAUUUCAUCACUAAUCACCUUAAAGCCAUUCAGCCGAUUGUUCUGUUUUUUGCUACUUUGUUGACUGGAUUUAAUGGAGUUUAAAUGUAUUACAAUAUUCUCUGGCAGCACGGGAGGGUCCAAAUUUUUUAUAAGGGGGAAGCUUCCUCAAAAGUUGGGAUAACAAGUAUGCCAAAAAUAUCAAGGUUUUACAUCUAUAAAAUAGCAAUACGUCUAAUAUAAGACUUUGUAUGUCGAAAAAUGUUCCUUACUUAAAAGAAUUAGGCUUCUAGCACCUCCGCGCCAAAUUUGAUUGACAAGUAACACGUAGGACAGAACAUUGGCAGACUGAGCAAGUGAGUUAUGAGAUUUUUAACCUGUUCAUAUGAAAAGUUGGUUACAUAUACAAGGAUGAAUGAAACAUCUAGAUCGGCUUUAUCCGAAAAUAAAAAUACGUUUAAUGAAUGUCAGAGUUUUAUGAAAGUUACCUGGUGUUGCCGGGUUUGUUUUUGAGAGCCAGCUUAUAAGUUAUAAGCUGAUCGUGACUACACCAUCAUCUACACUACAUCAAAUCCACUAUAAUUUACAGUGCAUCAACUACACUCUAAUCUUCACUACAUUAACUACAAUAUUAUGCUGUAUGGCUCCUGGAUCUUUUAUUGUUAGAUACAGGAAAUACGACUGUCAAUAUGCUAUUUUAAUGUUUUAAUUUGUAAUUUAAAAUAAAAACUGUUACUAAUGGUAUGAUUACUAUUAUCUUUGUGACUUUCUGUGUGACUUGAAUUACUCCAUUCUUUUGUAAGCAGUCCGACGAUUUUCCCAUUUGUAACUUGCCUAUUUUUCAAUAGUUUUUGUCGUGUAAAGCAGACAUAAGCAGGAAUAAAUGUAGUAGGUUCUUGGAAAUGGAGCAAAUAAUUGAUUAGCAUUCAUAUACUUAUUAAUCAUCUACUGACACAGCAAAAAUAUGGAGAGGACUGAGCAUUUGCAAGUUGCUGCUCUACGGUGGCUGAAUCACUCAGGCGGGCUGAAGCGACUGCGGUCCGCGCUUGUGGCCCGGACCGCCCUCUCUCCUGCCUCUAAGGUCCUCAGCACACCUGUCUACAUCAAUAUUGCCCACCUGCGAGAAAUAGACGAGGAGCUAGCAAAUUUAGUGAUGAGUCGACCUGUGGUGGCCCAGCAGAUGUUUCACCGCGUGGUACACGUCGCCUCUGUAGCCAUCACCCUUAGCCUAAACAUUCACUCACUUAACGAUAACCUGGAGGAGUCUGGCAUCGCCGAGGACGACCACUGUGCCCCAGGGCCCCUAACACAUCUCCCUGACCCUACCGACCUCACCUCACUCUACCUGGACGAGGAAGACAAGUCUCACAAGACCUCAGCCCCGUCACACUCCUUCAAAAGAGACGCAGCCUUAAACAAAGUGGACCUCGAUCUUACCCUGCAGUCCUUGGCGUCCAACCUACCUCUGGAUAGCUCUGUGUCUGGGGCCUCCACCAGCGUCCUCACACCUGCCCAGUCGGAGACCCUGAAGGAGAAAUAA